UAAUGUUAUCAUUCAAAACACAACCAAAUGCACCAUUUAUCGUCACUUGACACUUUAAGUCACUCACUAGUAGAGAUUCAAAAACAUCAUUAUCAUCAUGACUAUGUUACUAAUUGUUGUGAUGGCUCUCAUCUCAUCAGCCACUGCCACAAACCAAGACAUGGCUGUAGCCAUUGAUGAGAUGCAGAAAGCCAAUUACUUCACCUUUGUGAUGCUCAUCAACAUGGUCCCUUCCCACUUAAUUCAACCCAACAUAACUUUCUUGAUGCCUAACGACCGCGUUCUCUCCCAAACUGAUGUAGCUCCAACCUCUGUGGUUGACUUCUUGCUCCGCCACUCCAUCCCUUCCCCUUUGCUCAUCGAUCAUCUUCAGCACUUCCCAACCGGAUCUAUGAUCCCAACGUCAAAGUCAGGAUUUUUCCUAAAUGUCACAAAUGAAGGAAGGAGGCAGUUUUUCCUUAAUAAUGUCCGAAUCAUAAGUCCAAAUAUUUGCACCAAAGGUUCUUCAAUAAGAUGUCAUGGUAUCGAUGGAGUGGUGCAACCUAGGAUGAUUUCUCAGCCUAGCAGACCACCGUCAUCAUCUAGUGCUUGUCCUAAACCCACAGUUGCUCCGGAGGCAGCGGCCCCACUACCGGCCCCAUCACCACCAUUGUCAGCGUCACCAGUUGGAGACCUUAGCCCGGUUCCUCCACCAUCGGAUGUUAGUCCAACGAAAUCAAGUUCUCCAGAGACGAGCAAUGGGGGAGUUGUUAACUUGGUAGUAAUGGCAGUUUUCACGUUAUCAGUGGGGAAAUCUUGGUUAUUAAUGUAGCUUGCUUGCUUCUAUAAGAAAAAAAAAAUGAAUGUUUACUACUGAAUUAUUAUUAUUAUUAUUAUUAUUAUUAUUAUACAAGAAAGGAAGGUGUUUUAGUGUUAAUUCUUGUGAAAAUGGUGUGAUUUGUA